AUGUCCAAACGCUGGCAAAAUCGGUAGAAAAAAUCAAUUCUGAAAACCUUUUACAAUUCUUGUUUUCCUUUUUUCAGUCGUCAAAAGUUCACGGCCGCUUACUUUGAAUUAGCUGAAUCUAUGGAAGUGGAGCCGGAAUCACCGAAGAAAUUAAGAAAUGAAAAGGAAAAAGAAGUGAAAGAGGUGAGAAUCCUUAGAAGUGUGCUGCGACAAUACGUUUUUUUUCAGGAGAAUCGUCAGUUUCAAGGCAAAUUCGACUGCGAAAUGAACAGAAACAGUUUCAGUCGCUUCUACCGCACGAAUUUUCCGGUGAAAGACGAAGAUCUGGAGGAGCUUCAGGACAUUCAGAGAGAACUGAAAAAGUACGAACACAAAGACGCCGUCGACUUCAUGGCCAUCUCGUGGAGUUGGAUGAACAAAGAGGCUCCAUCGGAAUCGCUUCCCCGCCACAAGAAGUCUUUCCGAGACAUUCCAACAUACUCGACUGAACAAGGACACCGUGCAUUGUACCGAGUGAUUGCCGAGAAAGAAGAUGCGUACAUUCUGAUGGCUUGCCACGUCAACGUUCACGGAGAGCAUCGCGGAGAUCUUCGAUUCGUGGAGGUAAACGAUUUUACUGUGGCCAGAGGAUUCCAUGAAAGCGUCAUUGGAAACUUGUUCCUCGGAGAUAUUGUCUACGUGACCGAACUGGCGAAAUCAAACAAACUGAAUGUCCCGUUCAAUCCACCGAAUGUCUCAAGUGUCAAUGCGGAAGAGGACUGCUUUUGGACGGUCCGUUCGAUGACACUUCUCACGAGGAACCGUUCACAGAGCGUCCAGUUUGCUGUGAUGGAGAACGGAAAAGCGGUAGCGAAAGGAGUCGGAGAAGCGCUGAGUGUGGAUGUGCGAGGGAACUGUUCGGUGAAGGAGAACCAAGUGUACAUCGGAGACAUGUUCGUUCCUGUCAAAGUGUCGUGUAACUUCACUGCAAAUCACAACCCGAGCAUGAAUGCGUUGCUGAUCUCUGCUGCGUCGAACAUUUCUCCAUUCCCGCAAUCCGCCGGAACCAUUUACCAGUUUGUUCCUUCCGACAGACUUACCAGAAUGUUCGAGAUCGGAACGGAUGCAUUCAAGAAGCCGACGUCGGAAAGUGCAGAUACCCUCGAGUUCUGUGCCCUCAUCGGAUACUCGGCUGCCAACACGGUCUUCAGUGCUCACGACGACAGUAGACCGUUUCCAAUGAUAAAUCCUUCGCGAAACGGACUACUCGUCAAAUUCUCAAUUGCGAAUCCGGAAAGUCAGCCGACUGAAGGAUUCUGGCACAGCAACGGAAGGAUUCGAAUAAAAGGAGAGAAGAAAUCGGUAAAUGCGACCAUCGAGACGAUUCUUUGCGAGAACGGCCAUCUCAAAAUUGUGGCAAGACUGUCUAGAGAUGCUCCAGACGACUUCAAUUUUCAAUCCGGAGUUCACACUGUGCAGCAGAGAGCUCCGAUGGAGGGAACGUUGAUUCAGGACGGUUUCUACAAGACAAUUGAUGCUGACACGAAUGGGAAAAAAAUCAUUAACACGUUGUACGGAGGGCCGCCAAUCAAAUCUCAGUGCUCGAUCUCCAAAAGGCAGUUCUUCUUUCCUAGUGUUCCUCCUAUAAAUUUGAACGAGUACCAGUGCGAAUACGUGAGUCGAAUGCUCAUAGAAUCGCCCAUUCUGCUCGGAAAUUCGCCGUUUGGAUGCGGAAAAUCGAUGACGAUUGUGACUGCUGCUCUCUAUCUUUUCGAGGAAAACAAGCGAGAUCCUGGGAAGAAGGGACCACAACUUCUGAUUACCCAAAGCAAUUACGCAAGCGUCAAUCUUAUUGACAUCGCUCUGAAGACCCUAGAACGUGUCAGAGACGUCAAGUUCUUGAGAUAUGUGUCGGAGAAUAACUGGAAGGAAUUUCCUGAUCAAUGCCGCACUGAAAUGGAUAUGCCGAAACUGAUGAACGACGUAUUCGUGGAGUGGGCCACUGAAACUGGUCCAACUUCCAAGUUUCCAAAUCUUCAGAGAAGUGAUAUGGUCCAAAUCGUCCAGUACGUUGUGCACGCUCUCGGAACUCCUUCUUCCCGUCUGAACUCCAAAGCGUUGAGCGUGCUCAGCGAUGUCAGAAGAACCAAACGGGUCUUCCCGAGACAACUGAUUGGCGUCUUCUUUGCCGUUUACCGUCCGGACAUCAUCGUUGUCACUGCGAACUCUCUGCGAGGUCUCUCUGCGCUCAUUUCUCUCAGUACUGUCAGAACAGUUCAAAUCGACGAGGCCAGCCAACUUCCGGAGUACACUUUGCUCGGUUUGCUCACUCUUCUGCCACGUGCCUGUUUCGGACUCAUUGGAGAUAUCCAGCAGUUGCCGCCGUACUGCGAGGAGGAAUUAACGGGAAAACUGAAGGAUUACGGAGUGGGCAAUGCGAUGGAACGAGCCGUCAAACAGGAAAUGUUUCCGCAAGUGGUGCUCCGAUGCGUCUACAGAUGUCAUCCGGCCACGACUCAGUUGCUCGGCGAGCUGUUCUACAACAAUGAGCUCGUUUCGGGAGUGACUGAGGACCAACGAAAUGAGUUUGCGACAAACAGACCGCACUUCUGGCCGAAUCGAAACUUCCCGAUCAUGGUUGUCGACAAUAAAGCCAAAGGACAAGCAAUGGGAACUUCUUUCGCAAAUCCGACGGAGAGGAUAAUUGUACAGCAGAUUGUCGAAUUCAUCACCGACACCGGCAGAAAGAAUAAGGUUGUGAAGCCGUCGGAUAUCGGAGUCAUCUCGUACUACAGUGCGCAGACAUCCAUGCUCACUGAAGUUCUCCGCGAGAAAGGAGUCAAGUGCGGAACAGUCGAUUCGUUCCAAGGAUCCGAGCGAGAGAUCAUCAUUUUGUGCUGCACGAACGACGACAUUCAAGAGUUUAUGCAGCUGAAAAACCGUCUGAACGUUGCUUUGUCGAGAUCGAAACAAGUGACGAUUCUGAUUGGAAACGUGGAAAUGCUGAAGAAAGUCAAGUACUGGAGCGAUGUCGUCGAGAGAGCUCAGCAGAACGGAUGUGUUGUGGAUACGGUAAGAAGAGGAGGGAAGUACGGGCUCGUAUGACAAUUAUUUUAAUUUCAGAGCAAACAUCCUUUCAAAGUGGAUCCAUCGGGACACUCGAAGAAGACGUCGUACAGAAGCGAGAGCGUGAACAAGUUGGCGAAUGAGUUCCAGAAAAUGGUCACAGUGGUAUGAGAUGACACCCUUCGAUUUGUAAUUCAUCAAUGUUUUCAGAGCACGGCGAGCAAGAAGAAGAGUUGA